AGAAGUCUCUCUGGUAGCAUCAAGGGACAGCAAACACCAAAGAAAGGAAAAACCAAAAAAAAAAUAGUCUACGGCUGCUAGGGAGCGCCGUAACACUCACACACGUUGGCACACCGCGAGUGAGGCCAACAGCAGUGACCGACUGUUUCUCUUCUUCUCUUCUCUUCCUUCGCUGCGCACGCGGACUUUGUCGUCCUACCAGGUACGCGCACCCAGGCACUUUGCACACCGACAUCUGUUCCGUAGCGCGGCGUUGCCUUUCUUAAUACAACAAUAUAUACGAAAAUACCCAAAUUAGAGUAGUUCGAAGGAGGCGAAAGUCUGACGUUGUUUCUCCUUCUAUAUCUUCUUCUGGGCAAUCGAUGAUAUUAAUAAUAAGAAAAAGCAUGAAGAACACUCAACGACACACAGAGCAAAAGGAAUGGCCUUCUUUCUCAAAGCCAUUGGGCUAUCGGAUGACAUCCCCGGCUUCCCCUUCACUCCGGAGGCGAAUGACCCAGGGCAUGUUGUGUACACGUCGCCGCUGAUGUGCUGGACGGUGCGCUCCGGCACGCCACACGAUGACGCACAACGGAAGGUGUCUAUCUUCACCUGCUACCUCUCCGCGCCGUCCUCAGCAGGCAACAACGAGCUGGCGAAGCUGCUCGCCCGCAACGCGCUGCGACGCGCCAAGAGUUUGAUGAUUCCAGGGUUUCUCAAGUGUCUUGGCGCGACCGAGUACCGCGAUACCGUGUACAUCGCCACCGAGGUGUGUCUACCAUUGAAGGAGGUGCUGGAGAGCCGGGAGCUGCGCACGCAGCUGUGCGGCACGACGCCGGCGGAGUACGACGCCUCCGUUGCCUACGGGAUCAGCACCGUGGGCGGGGCCCUCAGCUCCUUGCAUCAGAACCGACUGGUGCACGGCAACGUGAACUGCCAAUCUGUCUUCGUCUUGCCCUCCUCCGGCAUGUGGCGGCUGUUUGGAUUAGAGCUCGUGUCGUCGCCGGACGACGUGAAUGCGAACAACGCUAGCUGCCUCUUCGAUAGCGCACGGCGGGCCGGCUUGCUAGAAGGCUAUCGCUGCCCACCGGAGUUCUCGUCCGGCAGUGGCAGCGGCGGCACCGGGGCGAGCGCAGAUGCCUUCGCGAUUGACUCGUGGGGCAUGGCUGGUCUUCUGUACGAGACGGUCGGCGUCACGGCAGACGAGGCCCUGGACGGCAAGCUAGACUCCCUCGUCCACACCCUCGCGAGUGCGGAGCUGCGCAACGCGUGUCGGCAGCGGCUGCCGCAGUCACUGCACAGCGGGUGUAGCGGGAUCACCGCGGCCAACCCACGCCUGCGCAAGUCCGUCCAGGCGUUCCUCGAGCACUGCGAGUUUGUCCGGAGCAGCGUUUUCGUCCGGUACAUGAAGGAGCUGUCCGAGUUGCUGCUGCUGGACGCGGCGCAGCAGGUGCGGUUGGCGGAGUCGCUGACGGACGUGGUGGAUUCGUUUCCACUGCGGCCGUGUCUGUGCUACGUGCUGCCGCGGCUCAGCGAGCUCAUCCGUGCCGCGGCGAAGUCCGGCGGUGCGAGCGGCGUGGCCGGGGUCUCGAUCGGCCCCGUCGUGGACCCCUUUCUGAAGAUUGCGGCCCGCACCAGCGCCGGCGCUGACUUCGACAACUACGUGACGCCGACGCUGGUGCACAUGUACCAGAGCACCGACGUGCUCGUGCGCUAUAAACUUUUGGUCGGCUCGGAGACGUACAGCGGCAAGCUGGCCUCCGCUGCGUUGAACAACACGAUUUGGCCGUUGUACGCGAAGGGCUUUCAGUACCCGGCGCCCAGCGUGCGGGAGUACUCGGCCCGCGCGCUGGUGCAUCUCGCGCCGCACUUGUCCGAAGCGGUGCUGGGCGAUCAAGUCCCGAAAGCGUUGGGGCUGCUGCAGCGAGAUCCGGACGGGGCGUUGCGUGCAAAUGCCACCAUCGCGCUGCACCUCAUUGCCGGCUACAUCACGCCCCCGACGCAGCGGGCGACAGUUAUUCUGCAGUCCUGCCGGCCGAUGCUGCGCGACGCGUUUGAGCCGUCCCGCGUCGCGGCGCUGCGUGUGAUACGUGGUGCGAUGGACUGCCUGUCGGCGAAGCAGCUGGCGGAGAUGGUGCUGCCGUGGGUGGCGCCGCUCACGGUGGACUCAACGUCGGAGGAGAGCCGUAGUGCUGCUCUCGCGCUGGUGAAGUCGGCCAUGACAAAGCUGGAGGAGAACCACAGAGUCCUCACGGCGCAGCAGUCCGCGACGCUGAGCUCGCCCGCACCCGCACCGGCAGCAGCGGCAGAGGUGUCGACCAGCGGCAGCGGCGGCGCCAGCUCGUGGGUCUGGGGACUCUUCCACACUUCACCGGCCGCGACAGCUUCACCGACCCCGCCGUCGACCGCCCCCACGCGCCACGUUGAAGCUUCCUCCUCCUCUGCCUCCUCUUCACUUGCGAUUCACCCUGUAGCGCCCUCUGCGCACGCCACGACGGUUCUGCCGACGCCGGUGGUGGUGGCCGCUGCCGCUUCCGCCGCCGGUGGUGGUGGCUCAGGCUGGGGCAGCGAUGAGGAUGAGCUAGUCAACGGCGGUGACGCAAAGGACGAUGAUGGUUGGGGAGACGACGGCGACGAUGACGCGGACUUCGCGAAGCCCACCAGCACGACUGCCGCCAUGAAAGUGAAGCCGCUGCGGUCGACGUUCGGUGCCGCUGCCGGCGCUGGGAGUGCGCCUGCUCGGGCGACAACAGCAUCGUUUCCCGGCGGCGCGUCGCUCUCCUCUGCGAACAGCACGAGCCACACCCCUACCAUAAGUUCCGCCACGGCAGCAAAGCCUUCCCCAUUGGCGCCGCGUAUAAACAGCUCUUCCACCUUCACCGCUUCGCCUCUACCGAUGACGUCUAACACGUCGAACGCGAGUGGGUCGUCGACGCCUCUUGGCGGCAACAGUAGCCCAAGGGUUGCGGCAGCAAAUCCAAUCCCACCAGGUCCCAUGAAGCUGCGCAAGAAGGGCGGCCUUGGCGCCGCGAGGCUUGACUGA